CACACCCAUGCAAUGUCAUGGACAGCAAGUUCUGAACUUCAAACUACUAGUCGGGCUAUUGGAAAAGAUGCAUUUCUUCUGAUGCGAUCUGUCUACAUGCAAAUGACUGCCCAUCCAAGACACUUCAGGCUUCUGUUGACUCCCUAUUGAUUUGGGCAAACCCUUCGCCAAGUAUUCACUGACUCUACAACUUCACAUUUGUCCCCCUCAAUGGCGACUGACCAUACGAUGAUGGAACGAGGGGUUAGGGUCGCGAUAGAGGGCUGUGGACAUGGGACACUUCAUGCUAUUUAUGCUUCGAUAGAAGAAGCCUGCCGAGUGAAAGGGUGGGAUGGUGUCGAUCUGCUCAUUAUUGGUGGGGACUUUCAGGCCGUAAGGAACCAACAUGACUUGAAUGUCACCUCGAUGCCUCAAAAAUACCGGAAAAUGGCCGACUUUCACGAGUAUUAUAGUGGAGCAAGAACCGCACCAUACUUGACCAUUUUCAUCGGAGGUAAUCACGAAGCAAGCAAUCAUCUCUUCGAGCUCUACUAUGGAGGAUGGGUGGCCCCUAACAUUUAUUACCUUGGAGCUGCCAACGUUAUUCGCCUGGGUCCGUUGCGCAUUGCUGGCCUAACCGGAAUUUGGAAAGGGUACGACUACCGCAAACCUCACUUUGAACGACUCCCUUACAAUCGAGAGGAGACAGGGAGCAUAUACCAUGUGCGGGAAAUAGACGUCAGAAAGCUGUUGGCUCUACGAACCCAGGUCGAUAUAGGUUUGUCGCAUGAUUGGCCUCAAGGUAUUGAGAUGCACGGUGACUAUCAAUGGCUUUUCAGAAACAAGAAGGGCUUCGGUGAAGACUCAAGAAAUGGCAGACUAGGCAGCGUAGCCGCUAGACAGUGCUUGGACCGGUUGCGACCACCUCAUUGGUUCUCAGCACAUCUUCACACCAAAUUUGUGGCCAUACUCGAUCACGAAGAAGAUUGUCUGAGUAAAGUGACAGAGACUAAUGGAAAUAGCCAUCGAGGACCUCUAGCGCAGGAUCGUCCACAGGUGUCAGCCUGGCAAGGUUUUCAUGCAGCCGCUGAGGUUGCAGCUGCCAAGGAGAAAGAUGAUCUUCUACAGCAGAUCGAGAAUAGAAAAGUCGCAAUGGCCAAGGCUGGCGCUUCUAAGGGUCCUCAGUACACCUUUGAAGAAACAUUCAACGAAGUCACCGAUGACGGCCUCGAUCGCAAGAUCAUUUCAACUACCCACCACCAACCUAGUCACGACGUCGAUGACGCGUAUAUGCCAAUAUCCAACUUGGACGGUUGUGGAUUCUCCAGACCAACAAAGCGCCAAAGACUUGAAACUACGUCCGAUGAAGAGAUAAUACGUCGAGAAGGCUCUCAUACAGGCAUUCACACUGCAGGUGACCGAGAAAGUAGAAGCAGAGACACCGCAAUGGGUGCUUCCAGUACGGUCAUCGACAACCCUGAUGCUAUCGAUAUCGACAUGAGCGACGACGAUGAAUCAGUGCUGGUCACCAAUGAUCAGAAUCCCGAUUCUGUGUCGAUUCCCCAGAUUGCUGCACUCAAGUCAACCAUUGGCGGAAAUCAUGGCUCGCCACUAAUGUCUCCGACUUCUUCUGACAAAAGCGAGGCCGGCGGCGUCAAGCUAAAUCAAGAAGCAACACCGUUCGCUUCAAGCGCGAGACUGGACAAUGGCGCAAUUCAAGCUUCUCCUGAACCGCCAACAACUACAAAAGACCCGCAACAUGCCUCUCCUAACGUGGUAGCCGAGAACUACAUUCCACCGUCGCCUCCUGCAGCUUCUGAUAGUGCCCACACGAUAUCUACUCAGUCUGCGACAGUAGUGCCGUCGGAAAAUGAGGUGUCGGAGGAGAUGCGAGCUCAACUUGCCGCACUAUCUAGCAACUUCAUACAGGAAGAAAAGCUUGAAGUAUCUCCACCACUACCGUUUCCGGAAGACAUCUUUAACCAAAAGACCGAGUUUCUUGCCCUGGGCAAAUGUGAACCGUUCCAGGAAUUUCUCCAGCUCAUGGAGAUCAAGUCCACGACCGCACCUGACGAAGCUAUCACAAGACCUCUGAAGUUGUCCUACGAUCCGGAAUGGCUCGCAAUUCAGCGCGUUUUUUCUCCGGAGCUCCAACUAGGUGGUAACCCAAGCGACAAGGUGCCAGUCAAUCGUGGAGACACGUACUAUCGCGACAGAAUUCUCGAAGAAGAAAAGUGGAUUCAAAAGCAUAUUGUCGAUGUUGGCAAGCUGGAUGUACCGGAGAACUUCAGUAUCACCGCACCGGUCUACGACCCAAGUCUCGAAAUCGGACCUAAUGAAAUGCCUCGCGAGCUGACGAAUCCUCAAACCAGCACAUUCUGUGAGUUGGUUGGCAUUGAGAACAAAUUCGACAUUAGCGAGGAGGAGAGAGAAUUCAGAAUGCAACAGGGCCCCAGGGCUGAGAGCGCACAAUCCAUUGCGUAUCACAGUCGAAGUCGGGGAGGCGGUGGCGGCGGUGGUCGCGGUCGUGGCGGUUGGCGCGGCGGUGGUGGUGGGGGUGGCCGGGGUCGAGGUGGGUUCCGCGGUGGUAGAGGCAGAGGUCGCGGUUGGUAGCGACGAUGACAAGCUACGUUCAAGGUUUUUGUACUUGUGAGCUUGUUGGGGACAUUUCCUCGCCCUUCGAUCGAUGCGAGAAGCGAGUAUUUGCCAGAUUGCUGCAGGCCUGUCGUGGGAAUGCGUGACGCUGAGUGAGGCCUGGUUUUUCCCAAUGUACUUGUUAUUCGGAAAGUGAUACCCCCUUUUAGAUAAUCA